UCUUCAUUCUGCUCAAUAUAGCUCGUUUUUCUGAGUCGAAAUUAUCAUCUAUCAAGUAUUCGAAAUCAUAUGACAAUUUGCUUCAAUUGAAUUUCAGUGAAGAAAUAAGUUUUCUACCAAUUGAUGAACAUAACGGUAUAUUUUCCACCCCCUCUCAAAAAAACGCCAAUAUAAACGACGAAAGCGAAUAUAAUAUGAAAAGGCAGGAGGAAACGGAAGCCAGUAUUAUCGCCCGAUUCACGCUUUUCUUACAAACUUUCGAAAUCAAACUCGUUUCGUCUCUCAAAUUACCGACACAAUAUUUGCCGAAAGGUGAGAACAUAAAAAAAAAUUUGGAUUCAUCGCGAAAAAUACUAGUUCAAUAUUUUUCUUCCCGUGCCAACAAUAAUUCGUCUCCAGUUAUGGAGGAACAAAUAACCUUAACACGAGACGCCUGCAUUUACGAAGGAUACGUUGACCAAGAAACUUUCGGGGUUAUUCUUUUCGAUUCCACACACUCCAAGGAGGAAAAGCGGUUCGCCAAAAGUGCCGUGUUUAAUUUAUGUGGGGAUGGACUGAUGGGCAUGUUUCAGAUAGAUGGUAAGCAAUUUUUUAUUGAACCCGUGACCGCGAAUUCUAUGAGGAAAUUUAAACCGAGAGAUACAAAAAUAUCGACAUUUAACACUUCCUUAGCCUCUUUAUUAGAUAAAAAUAAUAACCAUACGCACCAAAUAGACGAUUCGAUGUAUUCAAACUAUACUCACGUGAAUGUAUAUUUUCUUGAAACAAAGAGCAAAAGUAUAAAUUCAUCCUUCGACUCUAGUCACAACUCACAACCUCAUAUUGUCUAUAGCUUAUCAUCUAUAAAAACGCCUCCAUUCGAUAAAUAUAACUUUUUGCAAGAUUCUACCAAUUUUUUCCCGGCUCCGAAUAACGCUACUCAAUCGCGUCCAUUUAGGGAAGAUAAUAAAGAAAGGAUUAAUGGGCGCCCUAUAAAAAAACGUUCAGUAUCUCGCGAACAUUUCGUAGAAAUUAUGAUAGUAGCUGAUUAUGAUGUUGCAAAAUCUCAUGGACCGGAUCUUCAGAGAUACAUAUUAACAAUCAUAUCUAUCGUUGAAAUGAUAUAUAAAAAUCCAUCUAUCGGCAAUGCAAUCAAUAUUGUGUUAGUAAAAAUAGCCAUAUUUCAAGAUUCCGAGUAUGCCCCUAAAAUUACUGGAAACGGUGAAACCACACUUGGAAAUUUUUGUGACUGGCAAUACGAACACAAUACUAAAUCUCAAUUUGAACUCUUUCAUCAUGAUACAGCUAUAUUAUUGACAAGGCAGGAUAUAUGUAGCAAUGAAAUUAAUUGCCAAACUUUGGCUAUGACUAGGGGAUCGAUAUGCGAUCCCACAACUAGUUGUGCUAUCGCGGAAGAUAAUGGCUUAAGUGUAGCUUUAACGAUAGCUCAUGAAAUUGGACACAAUUUAGGUUUACCACAUGAUGGUGAUCCGCCUUGCAAAGAAUUCGAAUCAUAUGACGCUGACGCUAAUACCUACCAUAUUAUGUCCAAGGUGUUAUAUCCUAACAACAGAAUAUUGUCUUGGUCAAAAUGUAGUCAGCAUUAUAUUUCCUCAUUUUUAGACAAAGGUUUUGGCCAAUGUCUAUUAAACAAGCCAGAAAAUAUGGAAUACAUGAGUCAAAUGAAAGCCUUAAGGCCACCUGGCGAGGAAUACUCUCUUCAUCAACAAUGCCAGUUAAUAUACGGCUCUUUUUCCCAUUUUUGCCCUAAUAUUAAUAAGCCACCUUGUCAAUAUCUUUACUGCCUCAAUAAAAAACGUAAUUGCGAUUAUAUGUACACUCAAUGGGCUGAUGGGACCAGUUGUGGUUAUAAUAAAUGGUGCCAAAAUGGAAAUUGCAUAGAUAAAAUUCACCGUUCUAAUAUACCAAUAGAUGGCGGCUGGGGCGAAUGGUCCGAAUUUACGCCUUGUUCUCGAAGCUGUGGAGGAGGUGUUAUGACGUCAAGUAGAACUUGCACUGAUCCUAUACCCGCGAAUAACGGCAGAUAUUGUUUAGGUCGUAGGAGCAGAGCCAAAUCUUGCAAUACUCAAGAAUGCUUGCAUAAGAAUGACUUUAGAAAUGAACAAUGCGCUAAAUUUAAUGGCAAUAAUAUGGGAAUUUUAGGAAUACCAUCGGAUGUUAAGUGGAUAGCUUCUUAUGAAAGUAAUUAUAUUCAUUCAAAAACAUUUUAAAAUAUUUAUUUUAAUAUAGUGCAAUUUCAGGAAAAAUGUAAGCUAUAUUGUCGGGCUGAAAAAUCAUCAGGACAUAAACUAGCCAACAAGGUAAUUGAUGGAACUCCUUGCGAUUUGGAAUCUACUCAAAUAUGUAUUCAAGGAAUUUGCAGAUCAGUAGGUUGCGACCAAGUUCUAGGAUCGCGAGCUGAAUUCGACAAAUGCGGUGUUUGCGGGGGAGAUAAUUCGACGUGCCAUACUGUUGUCGGAUCUUACAAUCUGAUUAAGUACGGCUAUAAUAACGUUGGAAGAAUACCGGUUGGCGCCAUGAAUAUUGAUAUUAGACAAUACGGGAUGCAUGGCAUAGAAGCUGAUGAUAACUAUUUAGCGUUAAGGAGUGACAAGGGUGAAUAUCUAAUUAAUGGUGGAAAUAGCAUAACUAUGACAAGAUUAGAUAUCAAAUACGGUCCAUCUCUCUUGCAAUACACUGGUUCAAAUACUGCCGUAGAACGUAUUAACAGCACUGGAAUGAUAAAAUCGGAUCUUAUCAUUCAAGUCUUAACAGUUGGACACUUGUAUCCACCUGACAUCAGAUAUUCUUACGAUAUUUCAACUAAUUUCAGAGAAAAAGUUCAAGUUUUUACCUGGAAUAUAUAUGGGCCUUGGAAUAAAUGUAGUUGUAAAGGAAAACGAUCUAGAAAAGUUUUAUGUAUUAAUACUCAAACUUUUGAUGUUGAACCAAGCGCCAAAUGUGAUCAUCUUUCUAAACCUUUGCAAAUUGAAGAAAAAUGUGAUAUUGAAUGUAAUUUUAGUUGGAAAGUAUUAGACAGAACUCCAUGCUCUGUAACUUGUGGUCAUGGAUUUCAAAAAAACAUUGUGGUAUGCUUAAAGAUUGAUGAAAAUGGGACUGGAAACGAAUCUAUCUAUAAUGUAUCAUCUAUCGUAUCCGAUUCAGAAUGUAGAUUUAACUCGCACAAACCCGCAUUUGUUCAGCCCUGUUUUCUCAAGCCUUGCUCAUGGAUAACUCAUUGGAGUUAUACUCCCUGGUCUAGUUGUUCUGCUAGUUGCGGGGGAGGAAUUAGGACUAGGCAAGCUACAUGUAUAGAUUCUUCUAAUCGCACAGUAGGUCCUCAUUAUUGUAACAGUACUCUCACUGUAUUAUCUCAAAUAUGUCGUACUUCACCUUGUCCUACUUGGCAUUUCUCACAAUUAACAACGUGUUCAAAACCUUGUGGUAAGGGAGUACAGUCAAGAAGCGUAUGGUGUCAACAAGACGAUCAAAGAAUUGAUUCCUUAUUUUGCCCGCAGGAUUCAAAACCGAAUGAAAAUGAGAUUUGUGAGAGCAGUAAAAUUUGUAUGUGGAAUAGUGAUCCUUGGACUGAAUGCAUUCCUGUGGCUAAGUGCGGUAAUGGUUACAAAACUAGAUCAGUUCAUUGUCUUUUAGUCGACUCGAAGAUUUCCUUAGUAUCGCUUUCCUCCACACCGGUUAAUGAUAAUUAUUGCUUGGAGCAAUUCGCCCAGAAACCUGCGACAUCUCAAAACUGUUAUUCAGAGUGUAUAUCAUCUAUUUAUCACGACGAUAUUUCUAACGAUAUUCAACAAAGUGGUACUAGUUCCUUGAUUCCGAAAACCCCAACUUUUUAUCAUCAAGAAACCAAAUAUGAUAACAGAAGAAAAGACGGAAUUUCGUACUUACCCUUACCUUUUGAUAAGAACAAUCAAAUUUCCCCCAACGAGAAUAAUAUUAUAUGGAAAAUAGGCUCUUGGACUAUGUGUUCACAGAGUUGUGGCUUGGGUCUUAGAGAACGAGUCAUAACAUGCAUUUAUAAAAAUGGCACAAAAAUAUAUGACGAAAAAGUAUGUGAACUAUAUACCCCUAAACCCGCCAUCGUAGAACAGUGUAAAGUUGCAUUCUGCGGGUUAUGGAGAGUCGGGAGCUGGCAAAAAUGUUCAAAUUCUUGUGGCAAAGGCACUAAAAAUAGGUACGUAGCCUGCGUUCUUUUCGACACCGGACAUAUUAAAGACGAAAUUGAAUGUGAUCCCGCUACCAAACCCAUUGUCACUAGCGAAUGCUCUAUAAGACCUUGUAUAAAUGAACAGAUUGAUAAUAAUAAAUCUGAUCAAAACAUUGAUGUAUCUAACCGAUUACAAAUAGUUAAACAAAUCAAACCUUCGCCAUCACCAGGCAUAGAAAAGGAUAAUAAGGAUCUCCCCUAUCCCAGAAAUUCUCAUCAGAAUCACCAGUUUUAUAAUGUCAAACAUUUUUCCUCUAAUAAAACUCACCCUAGCGACUUAAAUACUCUCCCUGGUUUAAAGUUGAUUUAUAAACCUAUCACUAAUAGCAUUUGGAGGAUGGGCACAUGGAGUCAGUGUUCUGUGAAAUGCGGAAAUGGCUGGAAAAGGAGAUUAGUUUUAUGCCAAAAUUCUCAAGGAGCUGCAGCGAGCGACUGCGACGAACAAUUAAAACCUAUCAAUUUCGAUAAAUGCUUUGAAAAGCCUUGCUAUAUAUGGAAAACGUCCGAUUGGAGCCGGUGUAACAAAUUACCCUGCCAGGGAAUUAAGACUCGCACCAUAACUUGUACAAGAGAUAUUGACAAUAUUGGGGUACACGAAUCCUUCUGCGCCGAAAGUACUAAACCAGUCAGUUCUGAAGAAUGUUUAUCUGCCGAUUGCCAACAAAUGGCCGCUCUAACACUGCCUAUCAAUUCCAAACUUGAUUAUAUGAUAGAUAUUAAUAAUAAUUUACAAAAACGCAAUCGGCCAAUUAAAUACGAAACACCGAGCAAGCCUCAAUUAUAUAUUGGCCCUUGGAGCUCGUGCUCAAAAAUUUGUGGCAAAGGUAUUCAAUCAAGAGUUGUGGAAUGCCGAAAUAGUGUUGAUGGAGAAAUGCUAAUUUUAUUCUUGUGUCUAGUAAAUUCAACUAAUCCAUCAAAGUAUUUUAAUAACAAAAAUCCUAUUUCGAAUAAUGAGUUCAUCGCAACCACGAGAUUUUGUAGAUCAUCGAAAUGUCUUAGAUGGAAAGUUUUACCGUGGAGUAAAGUAAACAUUUAA